AAAUGGUUUCGUCCACCUAUAAAAUCUACUGACGACCGUGCGUGACCCAACCUUGCUACAACCACCAACCAGACGGCUUUGUUUCCACACGUUACGGUUCGCUCCGUCAUUUGGUUUUCAAAUCUAUGUACGGUAAAUUUCGCUAAAUGCUUUAAGCGUCCCGAUCAUCUUUCGCCUUAGUUUUGUUGUUUCCUCUUCUCCAAAAGGAAACCUCUUUGUGUGUCACGUUUUGUUUGUCCCUUACCCAUCUUGAAUUUGUUGAUUGGUUUCUCUUCCUUGUGUCUUGACUCUUUCGGUUGUUUUCUUUUUCUUGUUGGUUUCUUGUUUUUUUACUGUUUUGUACACAUUUUACAGUUUCGUGGGUUUUAACGUGCAUUGCAUUCUUGUUUUCUCCUUGACAACUCUCUGGACCUUUUAUUCACUCUUUUCUUUUUCUUUUCCAACACCAUGUCUUCCGAUGAUGCUGAUAUUAUUAUCGUAGGUGCCGGUAUUACCGGUUGCGCUUUGGCCGCUGCUUUGGGCCGUCAAGGCAGAAAGGUCCUCGUUCUCGAGCGUGACAUGUCAGAGCCCGAUCGAAUCGUCGGUGAGUUACUUCAACCCGGUGGUAUUGAAGCCCUUGAGAAGAUUGGCAUUGAGGAUUGUAUUCAAGGCAUUGACGGUCAAUUCACGUCUGGCUACCAGAUCUUCCAUAAGGAUAGUAGUGUCGCUGUUCCUUAUCCCAAAAAGUCGGAUGGCUCUUCCUAUCGUGGCAUUGGUUUCCAUUAUGGUCGGUUCGUCAUGAACUUGCGCAAGACUCUCAUGAAUACACCAAACGUUACCAUUGUCGAAGCCACCGUCAAUGAACUUCUUCGCGACGAUUCCGGUGAAAUUAUUCGCGGAGUUGCCGCCACAAGAAAGCCUGAUGCUUCUCUCUUAAGCUAUAAGGCUCCAUUGACCCUUGUUUGUGAUGGUUGCUUUUCCAAGUUCCGCAAGAGCUUUGUCGAUCAUCCCAUUCAAAUUACCGACCACUUCCUUGGUCUCGUCCUUACAAACCCAGGUUUCCCUGUCCCUGGUCGUGGUCAUGUCAUUCUUAGCGAUAUUGCUCCUAUGGUCAUCUACCCAAUUUCCCAUACCGAAGCUCGAAUCUUAAUCAACUAUCCUGGUAAAAAUCUUCCUUCUAGCGACGUCCUUAAACAAUACGUUUUAGAAAAGUGUGUCCCACGAAUGCCCGAGUCUCUUCGCCCUUCCCUAAAGGCUGCCGUCCAUAAUGAUAGACUUCGUUCUAUGCCCAACCAAUUCUUACCUCCUUCCAUCAAUCGCACCAAGGGUUUAAUUCUUGUCGGUGACUCUAAUAAUAUGCGUCAUCCUUUGACCGGUGGUGGUAUGACGGUCUGCUUUCACGAUGCUUAUUUGCUUUCUCGUUUCAUCGCUCCUAAUGUUGUUCCGGAUCUCUACGAUUAUGAUAAUGUAAUUUCGCAAACUAAUAAGCUUCAUUGGAAGCGUAAGGGUUAUAGCUUCGUCAUUAACGUCCUUUCCAUUGCCUUAUACAAACUUUUCGCUCCCAAAAACCGUUACAUGCAGGCUUUAAGAAACGGCUGCAUCGAAUAUUUCCUUCGCGGUGGAAGUUGCAUCGAAGGUCCUGUUCGUUUGCUUGGAGGUCUAGAUCAUAGUCCUUCUCAUUUACUCUUCCAUUUUUACGCCGUCUGCGCCUAUAGUAUUUAUCAAUAUAUCUUUGUUGGUGGUCCCUCCAUGCUUAUGCCCAUUCGAGCUCUGGAGUCUGUGCUCAUAUUUAUGCAAGCUUCACUAGUCAUUAUUCCUUAUAUCCUUAGUGAAAUGUCAUCUUAGGACUCGAUUGAAUCGACUUCUCUUUCAUUCUUUGGUUACUCCUUUUUAUAUUUAUCCGAAUGUUGUUUCAUAAUUAACGCGCCUGUAUAAUAAAUGUUUCCCGGACUCAAAUAUAUUUCUUAAUUGCUAUUUAACUUCUUAUUAUCAUCGUCAACCGCUUCAUUAUGAUUAAAACUUAUUUAUCUCAAACAACUCAAAGCAUUUCGGAGGCUUCAUCAUCAU